AUGGGCACCAAAUGUCUGUCUGCAGGCGACUGGCCAGAGCUGCGGCUGGUGGGCAGCUCAAGUCGGUGCUCAGGACGCGUGGAGGUCCUCCACCAGGGGACCUGGGGCACUGUGUGCGAUGACCUGUGGGACCUGAAUGAAGCCGAGGUCGUGUGCCGACAGCUGGGGUGCGGUCACGCCAUGUCCGCCCUUGGCAAGGCCCACUUUGGCCCGGGCUCUGGAGACAUCCUCCUGGACAACCUGCAGUGCACUGGGGUGGAGCGCAACCUGGGCCAGUGUGCCCACUCAGGCUGGGCGGAGCACAACUGUGGCCACCACGAGGAUGCUGGCGUCACCUGCUCAGGUCCCAAAGAUGGACCAGAGCUACGGCUGGUCGGCGGCUCAGGUCGGUGCUCAGGACGCGUGGAGGUCUUUCACCAGGGGGCCUGGGGCACUGUGUGCGAUGACCUGUGGGACCUGAAUGAAGCCAAGGUCGUGUGCCGACAGCUGGGAUGCGGUUGGGCCAUUGCUGCCCCUGGAAAGGCCCACUUUGGCCCGGGCUCUGGAGACAUCCUCCUGGACAACCUGCAGUGCUCAGGAAGUGAGAACCACCUUGGCCAAUGCCAUAGCUCCAGCUGGUCAGACCACAAUUGUGGCCACCAUGAGGAUGCCGGUGUCAUCUGCUCAGGUAGCCUCUCCUCCCCAUCUGGGGCUCCCCUGUGGCCUCCUGGCUUAGCCAACACAGCAGGAUCAACUUCCUAUGUGGCCCUAAGGCUGACCAACGGCAGCCACCGGUGCGAGGGCCGCGUGGAGCUGCACUACAACGGCAGCUGGGGGACAGUGUGUGAUGACAGCUGGGACUUGCACGAUGCCCAGGUGGUAUGCAGGCAACUGGCCUGUGGCAUGGCUGUGUCGGCCCCCCAGAGGGCGCAUUUUGACCAAGGCCAGGGCCCCAUUGCUUUGGACGAUGUGGAGUGUGUGGGGACCGAAGGAAGACUGUGGCAAUGCCUGCACAGCGGCUGGUUCUCCCACAACUGCGGUCAUCAUGAAGAUGCUGGCGUCAUCUGCUCAGAACAAGACAUGUACCUUUCUGAUUCAAAUAAGCAGGUUGAACUGUUGGGCUUAAGAAGACUGAAGGGGCAUGACUUGCCAUACCUUUUCAUUUAUGUUUCUCGUAGCCUCGCUGACUUACUCAACACCAUCAGCCACUGUGAACCGCCUAACUUCAGUCUGGGCCUGCGGCUGGCGAAUGGGUCAAGCAGGUGUGAGGGCCGAGUGGAAGUCGACCAUGCCAACGCCUGGGGCACGGUGUGUGAUGACAGCUGGUCCAUAGAGGAUGCCCACGUGGUCUGCAGACAGCUGGGCUGUGGCCUGGCCAUGUCUGCCCUCCCAGGGGCCAGCUUCAGUCCCGGGUCAGGCAGCAUCCUCCUCGAUGACGUCAAUUGCACAGGAAGACAGUCCUCUCUAGGGCAGUGCCCUCAUGGCGGCUGGUUCACCCACAACUGUGGUCACCAUGAGGACGCUGAUCUGCCCCUAGUGAGGCUGGCCAAUGGAAAGAGCAGGUGUGAGGGCCGCGUAGAGAUCCAACACAACGGCACCUGGGGGACCGUGUGUGAUGACCUCUGGGGCCUGUCCGCUGCCCAGGUGGUGUGCCAGCAGCUGGGCUGUGGGGUGGCCCUGGCGGCCCCAAGGAACAGUCUGUUUGGUGAUGGCUUUGGCCCCAUCUUCCUGGAUGACGUGUGGUGCACGGGUAAUGAGACCAGCCUGGGGCAAUGCCACCACCGUGGCCUGUCUAUCCACAACUGUGGGCACCAUGAGGAUGCUGGGGCCAUCUGCUCAGCUGCUGAAGUUGCCCCAGAAUCAGCAGAAACAGCUCCUACAAUUGAUUUGCCCGUCAUCAGGCUGAUGGACGGGAGGAGCCGCUGUGAAGGGCGAGUUGAAAUAUACCACAAUGGCACAAGGGGAACAGUGUGUGACGACCUCUGGGGCAUCAACGCCGCCCACGUGGUGUGCCGGCAGCUGGACUGCGGGGAGGGCAUUGGGGCCCUGGGGAGCAGCCACUUUGGGGAGGGUGUGGGGGACAUCUUCCUGGAUGACGUGCAGUGCCAGGGUGACGAGGCCACCCUGGGCCAGUGCUGGCAUCUGGGCUUGUCCAUUCACAACUGUGGUCACCGUGAGGAUGCCGGGGUCGUUUGCUCAGAUGUAUCUUUAACCUCUGCAGAAGUGGACAUCCCCUAUGAUACAACUCCCACUUCAGGCAAAGAACCUUCUUUACCAGGUAUGCUCCCUGCUCCUUGCCAUAGCCCUGACCCUCCCCUGCGUCUGGUGGGCGGACGCAGCCGCUGCGAGGGCCGCGUUGAGAUCUGGCACCAGGGAGUGUGGGGCACGGUGUGUGACGACUACUGGAACAUCAAGAACGCCCGUGUCGUGUGCCGCCUUCUGGGCUGCGGCCGCGCGCUCAGUGCCCUCGGGCGCUGCCACUUCGGCCCCGGCUCCGGACCCAUCCUGCUGGACAAUGUGCGCUGUGAGGGCACCGAGGAUGCACUGGAGAGCUGCGCUCACUCUGGCUGGGGCCAACAUGACUGCCAGCACCAAGAGGACGCGGGCGUGGUCUGUGCAGCCCAGCUCUCCUGCUUGCCUCACCUCUUCCAAAUCACAGUUGACCGAGGCUAUCUCCGGAGGCUGGGCUACUCCUCCUGGGAUGUCCACUUAAAUGAUGAGCUGUGUCGUCCCCGAGUCACAGGACGCUACCUGAUCUUCAACAUUCCCUACGGUCACUGCGGCACCGUCCAACAGGAAAGCCUCGGGUCCCUCAGCUACUCCAACUCCAUCAGAGGCCGAAUACGGGGCCACCCUGGCCAGAUCAUUGUGCGCCACAGGGUGCCCCAGCUGAAGUUCACCUGCAGGGUGGAUGGCCCAUCAGCCAUUGAAAUUGUUCCUGGGGCUGACAACCCAAGGCAGGAUGCUGGCUACGAAGUGUCCAUAUCGUUCCUCGAGCUGCCCAUGUCACAGCAUGUGGGGAACACGGGGCCGUACUACACCAGUCAGAGGAACGAGGUCUUCCUUCAGGCCACACUCCACAGCCCCAAUCCCGACCUGAGGCUCUUUGUGGAUACCUGUGUGGUUUCUCCAGAUCCCCAUGAUUUUACGACUGUCAAGUACGAUUUGAUCCGGCAAGGGUGCAUCAAAGAUGAUACCUACGUCACCCUCCACACUCGCCAGAAGAACAUGGCCCAGUUCAAGUUCAACGCCUUGAACUUUCUCAACAGCUACGACGUGAUCUACCUGCAGUGUAAGGUCGCCGUGUGCAAAGUGGGGGACCACUCCUCCCACUGCUCCCAGGGCUGUGCAGGGCGGAAUAAGAGAGGUGCAGGCCCCAUGGAAGCCACGGAAGAGCAGGCUGAGCAUUUCCAAAUGGUGGGGCCACUAGAAAUCCACAGAGGAACUGAGCAGAGCAAGAACUUUGUGUGA